AUUCUAACAUCACAAAUAAAUGUUUACUCAAAAGAUUGUCUUCGAACCCUCUAAGAUUGCUGAGCUUAGACACAAGGCCGCUAGCGAAAGCGUCCCUGUACCUACACGUGUUGAAGCUGUCAUGUCACUUAUCUGGAGUUAUGCCAGAAAAGCCUCACGCUCUAACUUGGUAAUUCCAAGGCAAGCGGUGAUGUCGCAGGCCAUGGACUUGCGGCUUAGGAUUCCAUCUAAUGUUUUGCCACAAGACGCGAUUGGCAACCUACAAAUCGGAUUCUCUCUCAAGAAAGACGCGGAGAGCGAGUUUGAGAUCCCCGAAAUCGUGGCGGCAUUCAGGAAGACCAAAGAAGGAGUCAACGAGAUGAUCAAAGAGAGUGUCCAAAGCAAUAUAACUGGUCAGAGUUUGUUGAGUUUGAUGGCGGAAACUGUGUCAGAGUCACCGGACAUAGACAGAUACAUAAUGUCUAGCUGGUGCAGAAAGCCUUUCUACGAGGUUGACUUCGGAUCGGGUAGUCCGGUCUGGGUGGGAUUUGCGUCACAUACCAAUUACGACAACAUGGUGGGUGUAGUGCUGAUUGAUUCAAAAGAAGUUGAUGGUGUAGAAGCAUGGAUAAGCCUACCUGAGGAAGACAUGUCUUUGUUUGUCGAUGACCAAGAGUUGCUUGCUUAUGCUGUCCUAAAUCCCCCAGUCUUGACCUAAACAGGACUAGUACCAGUCGCACCUCAAUACACAAUCCAAGGUUGCUCCAUGCUGGAUUUUGCGUUUCGUUGUGAUCUGAAUAAAGUGAACAAUCAUUU